GACAUCUGGGGCCUACCCCGUGUACUGGCAUCGCUGCUACGUGAGAACAAAGUUCCCCAUCAGCUGCUCCUGCCGCUGGGGCUGCCGGGUCGUCUCUUCGGCGUCUCAGACUUCCUCCUCCUCCUUGUUCCGCGCUUGCAACGCACGGCCAAAGUGUCUCGGAUAAUGCCAUCGCUGGUGGUGCUGGUGGUGGCAGCAAUGGCCGUGGGGCUGUGGCCUCGUCUGGCCGUGGAGGGCCGUGGCAUCCCUGCAGCCGGCAGUGAGCUCCUGCACAAGGUCCAGCGGAUGCGGCAGGACGUUGCGGCACAUUCGGGCAUCGCAUCGCAGAUCAUCGACCUGGCCGUGCACGGUGCAGCGCAGAAUCGUUCCUACGAGCGCCUUGCCCUCUUCACCGACAAGAUCGGCAAUCGGAUAAGUGGCUCCAAGGCGCUGGAGCAGGCCAUCGCGUACAUGCUGUCCGCACUGCGGGACGACGGUCUGGAGAACGUGCACCCGGAGGCGGCCAAGGUCCCGCACUGGGUUCGCGGCCGGGAAUCGGCCACCAUGAUCGAGCCUCGCAAUCACAGCCUGGCCAUCCUGGGACUCGGCGGGAGCGUCGGCACACCGCCAGGAGGCACGACAGCGGAUGUUCUCGUGGUGAGCUCCUUUGAUGAGCUGCGGAAACUGGGCACAGCAGCCAAGGGCAAGAUCGUCGUUUACAACGAACCCUACGUGAGCUACGGGGAGACCGUCAAGUAUCGCGGCGUAGGGGCCAGCGAGGCGGCCAAGUUUGGAGCCGUCGCUGUGCUCAUCCGUUCCGUCACGCCAUUCUCCAUCCACAGUCCCCACACGGGCAUCCAGGAGUACGAGGCGGGCGUUGCCCAGAUCCCGGCGGCGUGCGUGGCCGUGGAGGACGCCGAGAUGAUGGCGCGCAUGGCGGCGCGCGGCUGGCGGGUGCGCGUCACGCUUGCCAUGGAGGCUCGCUCGCUGCCCGACGCCGACUCCUACAACACGGUGGCCGAGAUCGUGGGCAGCAAGUACCCCGAGCAGGUGGUGCUGCUGAGUGGCCACCUGGACAGCUGGGACGUCGGUCAGGGAGCCAUGGAUGACGGUGGCGGAGCCUUCAUCUCCUGGGAGGCCCUUUCACUCAUUCGAGACCUCGGUCUGAGGCCCAAAAGGACGAUGCGCCUGGUGCUCUGGACGGGUGAGGAGCAAGGAGGAAUUGGAGCGGCUCGGUAUUUCCAGGACCACAAGGCGAAUAUCUCCAACUUCGACCUCGUGAUGGAGUCGGACAUCGGCACGUUCCGCCCGCUCGGCUUGCGCUUCUCGGGCUCGGAGGCGGCGCGCGCCGUCGUCGCCGACGUGGCCAAGAUGCUCGAGCCGCUCAACGCCACGGCGCUUCUGCCCGGCGCCGAGGGCACCGACAUCGACUUCUGGAUGCAGGCGGGUGUUCCAGGGGCCAGUCUGUAUGACAACGCGAGCCGUUACUUCUGGUUUCAUCACUCGGACGGUGACACGAUGAGCGUGCAGGACCCUGGAGACAUGAACCGCUGCGCUGCUCUGUGGGCCAUCGUUUCGUACAUCGUGGCCGACCUUGAGGAAAUGUUGCCGCGAUAGCCUCUCGGUACAUCUUCACGCGUUCGCGACGCGAUGGUGAAAUUGACCGACGGCCUCUUGUGCACAUCUUCGUCCCUCGCGCCAAACGUUAAUCAAAUCAUUCAAUCGGUGACCGGGCGAGAGGUCAACGAGGCAAGUGUCAAUGUGAUUUCGAGCCCAAAUUAUCGUCGAGGUGGUGCCGCGUCUCCUGUUUGCAGCACCUGAGCCAGCGGCAGAAAUGGCUGUUUCAUCUGGCGGGGUGGUGGGGCGAAUCUAUCUGCCGGACAACCACUUUUAACUUCCCCACGAAGUGGUGGACAUUUAUAGCACCCCGAGGCAACCACCUGCAAACAGGACUUGAAUUUUCAACCUUCCGAUUGUGAGCUGCACCAUCCACAUGAUAAGCCGCCACAAAAAAGACAACAAUACACUUGCGCAAAGAACACCGUGCUAUUGUCCACUUUGUGACACAGGUGGCUCUGAUGUUAUUCUCACUAUAAAGUAACUUUUCCGAAAAAAUUAAAAAGUCUUUGAAAAGAUACAAAUUUAUUAUUAAAACUCCAGUACCUUAACCUACUCCAUUUUCAAGUGAAAUGUUUGAAAUCGCAAGGAAAAGGAUACGCUAAGUAGGAGAAAAUGUUGUCACGCUUUAAUAUGUAUGUUACAGCUCUAAAGAGAUCGUGUUAAGUACGAUCUAACACAUUUGCUGGUUAAUUGAUUUGCCGUCGUAAUUUGACUGCAUUUAAAACUUUGAGAUGUAAUUUUCUGUAUUUUAUCUCGAUAAUGAGACAUUUUCCGUAAAAAAAAUUGGUUUGCGGCACUUUGGAAUAUUUUUAGCAAAUUUGUAUGACAUAAGAUUGUGACCCUUUUAUAAUUGCCUUUUUAAAAGUGUAAAAAGUGUGAAUAUUAAAAUUAAAGCUAAGAUUAAGCAUUAAUCAGAAUAAAACUUUUCAAAUCAUUUAA